CCCUGACUCAAAGCGAUGCAACAUUCACGACAGUUGAAACCAGUGGGUUGUUCUCGAUCAGUACGCAGCCGUUUUGUUUUUGUUUUGUUUAGUGUCAAAGUCAGUUCUAUCCUGCACAAAUUACGUAAAAUUGUAAUUGUCCCCAGGAUCUGGCAGGAUGAACUUUCUCAAGUCGCACUAUUAUGAUAGUCCAGAAGGAACCGACUUGGUCGGGAAAAUGUUCACUACCAACAAAUAUGCAUUAAUGACCGGUGUUGCUUAUUCCUCCGUCGAGGUUUUGAUGGUUUCCAAGCCGAAAGGUGUGGUACCGUCACUUGCCCGAUAUGUCUACUUUACCGGCCCGUUCAUGGGAAUGGCUUCGGCUUUCACAGUGGGCACUUAUGCCGCAACAAAAUUGCGUGGAAAGGAUGAUGCAUGGAAUUACGUUGUUGGAGGUUUCGCAGCGGGGGGUAUCUAUGGCGCUUGGAAACGUAGUGUAGUUUCCGGACUCGUUUCCGGGUUGUUCUUCAGUAUCGCUGCCGCAGUUAAAAAGGAUUCAAUCGACGAAGGCUGGGAAUUUUUCCCGGAAGUGAAGCAGCACGCCCACGGCACGCUCAACCCUAAAUGGAACGAUUUUACCAUAACGCAGGAACGGGAGCGUGGUUGGACGACUGGUAAAUAGGUCACAUGUUUUGCAACCGAGCUGGUCGAAGUUAUUCACGAAGGAAACAUUUAGAAAGAAAUAUAUUAUGUUGAAAA